GGUCCUCUCCUCUCUUCCUUUUCGCCGGAAUCAUCUUUUUCUCACGCUUUACGGCAUUUUUGCAAUAAACUUGCCGAAGCUUCGUGUUCCAGUGAUCGAAGUUGAGAAAGAGAAAGCGUAGCGCGGAGUCUCGGAUGCUCAACAACCUCACACGCGGCGGUUUCAUGUACCGUGCCGGCGUCACGAUGUUAUCUUCGUCUACUUCUUCCUCCUCUGCUGCUUUAUCGUCUUCGUGGAAGUCUUCGCGAUUUCUCAGCUCCGGUGUGUUCUCCGGUGGUGCGUCGAGGAAUCGCGUGGCCUUUCCCGUUCGGUUUCAUCGCGCUUCAGCUGUUCGGUGUUUUGCCUCUUCUGGGGGCUCUGAUAGGAUUCAGGUUCAGAACCCUAUCGUCGAAAUGGACGGUGAUGAAAUGACGAGGGUGAUAUGGAGUAUGAUAAAGGAUAAACUUAUUCUACCUUAUCUGGAUCUGGAUAUUAAGUACUUCGACUUGGGAAUUCUGAAUCGUGAUGCUACUGACGACAGGGUUACGGUUGAAAGUGCUGAAGCAGCUCUUAAGUACAACGUUGCUAUCAAAUGUGCCACUAUAACCCCUGAUGAGGGCAGAGUGAAGGAGUUUGGACUGAAAUCAAUGUGGAGGAGUCCUAAUGGGACAAUCAGAAACAUUUUAGAUGGAACUGUUUUCCGUGAACCUAUCAUGUGUGGCAAUAUCCCUCGGCUUGUUCCUGGCUGGAGAAAACCAAUAUGCAUUGGUAGGCAUGCCUUCGGUGACCAGUAUCGUGCCACUGAUACAGUAAUUAAAGGGCCAGGAAAAUUGAAAAUGGUUUUUGUCCCAGAAGAUGGGAGCGCACCAGAGGAACUAGACGUAUAUGAUUUCAAAGGCCCUGGUGUAGCUCUGGCUAUGUACAACGUAGAUGAGUCAAUUCGUGCUUUUGCUGAGUCAUCUAUGGCGAUGGCACUUGCUAAGAAAUGGCCACUAUACUUGAGCACCAAGAACACAAUUCUCAAGAAAUAUGAUGGCAGGUUCAAAGACAUAUUUCAAGAAGUUUACGAGGCUAAUUGGAAGCAGAAGUUUGAAGAGCACUCAAUAUGGUAUGAACAUCGGUUGAUAGAUGACAUGGUGGCUUAUGCAGUAAAAAGCGAAGGUGGAUAUGUGUGGGCUUGCAAAAAUUACGAUGGUGAUGUUCAGAGCGAUCUUCUUGCACAAGGGUUUGGCUCAUUAGGCCUCAUGACCUCCGUUUUGUUAUCCUCUGAUGGGAAAACACUCGAGUCAGAGGCGGCUCAUGGAACCGUAACUCGGCAUUUCCGACUGCACCAAAAGGGACAAGAGACCAGUACUAACAGCAUCGCCUCCAUAUUUGCAUGGACACGCGGCUUAGAACACAGGGCAAAACUCGAUAAGAACGAAAAAUUGAUGGAUUUUGUCAAGAAGCUCGAGUCGUCGUGUGUUAACACUGUUGAGACAGGGAAAAUGACCAAGGAUCUUGCCCUUCUGGUCCAUGGUCCCAAGGUGAGUAGGGAUGUGUACUUGAACACAGAAGAGUUCAUUGAUGCAGUAGCCUCCAAUCUCCAGUCACAGCUCAAUUGAGCCUGCUGUUGUCUGACCAUUUCUGUCAACAAUACAAAAAAUAAUACUCGCCACUAUUUCAUGUAAUGAACAAACAAAAAAAAACUAGCAAUGGCGGGUCCAAUGAUUUUUCUUUUGGAAUUACACGUUUGUUUAUGAAUUUCAA